AUGGGGUCCAAGAAGGGCGCUGCAAAGCGCAAAGGCAAUCUUCGACCAAAGCAGGAGAAACGAGACAAUGACAUUAUGAACACGAAUGACAGCAGCAUCGUCUCCAAGAGAAGUGUGUCUAAGCUCUAUCUUACCAAAGAGCCAGACUUCUACGAACCGUUUGUGCCCAAGUUCGUUCGAAGAAAUCCACUUAUCAACCGUGGCUAUUGGCUUCGAAUGCACGCCAUCGAGCAGGUCGUUCUCCGAUUUCUUCAAGAAGAGAACGGAAAGCCAAAGAUUGUCGUGAACCUAGGAUGCGGAUAUGACCCCCUGCCUUUUCAGUUCUGGCAUAGAUAUGCUUCACUUACCCAGGAUGCAACGUUUGUGGACGUUGACUAUCCCCAGUUGAUGGAAAAGAAGAGAGACCGCAUGUUGACCAACAAUCUGCUACGAGAUGCACUUUUCAAGACUAAACUGCGCUCAUCUGAGCCGCCUGUAUACCUUCGGAGUGACCGGUACCUGGCGCUGGGCUGCGAUCUCAGGGAUCUCCAACUGCUUGAGCGAGUUUUACGCACUGAGUUCGAUGUUCCGGGGUCUUCCAUUCUUUUUGUCGCGGAGGUAUCCGUCACUUAUAUGCCACUGGUGGACUCUGACGCGCUCAUCCGGUGGGCGAGUACCCUUGAAGACGCUCGCUUCUGCAUACUGGAACAGUAUCUGCCUCAAGGCCCCGAGCAUCCCUUUGCGAAGACCAUGCUCAAUCACUUCGACAAGCUGCAGACUUCCAUCAAGGCGGUCGAGCGAUAUCUAUCACUGGCUGAGCAGUCAACCCGGUUCCUUGACGCAGGAUGGCCGAUGUUGACCACUGCUCGUAAUCUGUGGGACCUAUGGUCCGAUGAUCAGUUCACUCCUGUGACUCUUCGACGCAAGCUUGACGCCAUCGAGCCCUUUGACGAAUGGGAAGAGUUUGCUUUGUUCGGAGGUCAUUACUUUCUGCUAGUAGCAUCAAAUGCGAAGACAGGUGACCUAAAUGGCGUUUCCAGGAUGGAUGCAGCCGCAGAUAUUCGCGGCAGACCUUCCGCUGAUUCCGAAACCGUCAUGUUGAAUCCCUGGAGGUCAUCAGGAGAAGUAUCCUGGACGCCACGACGAUUCACUGCAGCCUUCAAAGUCAAGGAGGGCACGGUUGCCUUUCAUGGAGGACAAGGCCCUCAGAAUCGCCUUGCAAAUCUUGACGUACUGACACGAGAAGAUCCCCAGCCUGAAGUGCAAGCCGACACUUCGCCGCCACCUCAUGCACGUAUGUGCCACACGAUCACGUCGAUAAGCGACGUUGAGGCAUUACUGGUCGGUGGUCGCGCAUCCCCAACAAAUGCACUUCCCGACUGCUGGCUCAUCAAGAAUGGAGCUUGGUCGAAAGUGUAUGAUUUGACUACGGCUCGAUACAGGCACUGUGCUGUCGCUGUCACGUCGAAUUGCGAGGGGUCACAAAUCGAAGGUGUCCUGGUAUUUAGCGGCAAAGCGAGUGACGGCACAGUUCUUGAUGACUGGCAGCUAUGGACAGCUAACGACGGCUGGCACAGCAUUUCCGUCGACGGCCCGCGUCCAUCAGCACGAUUUGGUGCCGCAAUAUCUACGAUAGGCGCAGGUCAAGACUCGGGGCUGCUCGCUGGUGGCAUAGGCUCCGAUGGCACAGUUCUUGAGGAUAUCUGGGAGUGGUCCAUUUCACUAAAACCACAACCACGGCUGAUUCUCAGAGACUGCACCAAUAGGAUACACUGCAAACUCCCAAACAUAACACACGCUCGGAUAGGUGCAAGUCUGGUCCCAUGGGGUGACGCUCUUCUGAUGGUUGGAGGGGUUUCCAAGAAAGAGAUCCACAGUCUGUCUGACGACUUUCUGGUACUGACCCUCGACAGUACGGGGAUUCAUGUCGAACAACCUAUUGUGCACGUUCCUUCAGCCUGGCCUCUACUUGUUGGCAUGGGCACCGUUGCAGUGUCUCGAGACGAGAUUGUGAUAGCAGGGGGAGGUGCUGUUUGUUUUUCCAUGGGGAGUUUUUGGAACGAAGGCCACAUCACCAUUACUCGAGGCACAAUGCAAGGGGUGAAUUCGUGGCGUCCACUUCCGCCUCAGGUCCACGGCACAGCACAAGCGAAUACCCUGCCAUUUCCCUCGAACACGCGUAAAGAUCUACAGACCAAGGCCGAAAAGCCUGCUUCUGUGCAUGCAAAGGAGGUUACGCGAGUACAACUGCAUUCGGCAGAGGACUUUGCUCACUUGGUGGCUGCCUCUAAACCAGCUAUCAUUGAAGGCCUUGAUAUCGGUCCGUGCACAGGUCUUUGGACGCUCGACUACCUUAAGGAGAACAUCGGUGCGGAGCGCGAACUAAUCAUUCAUGACUGCUCCUCAGAUCGCAUGACGUUCAAGGAUAAGAACUUCCAAUACGUCAAGCGGUCUGUAUCUGACUUCUUUGACGGGAUUGCUACAGGUUCCAAAGCAUAUCUUCGUGCCGUAUCAUCUAGCCAGCCAAACAAACUUCCCACAAAGCUCGAAGAUGAUUUUCCUAGCAUCGCGGCCGAUUUUCGCAUACCAGAGAUCUUUGAGGCGGUGAAAUCCAGUCAUCAUAGCUCACCACUCCGCAUCUCAGGCCCUGUGUCUCUCUGGCUGCACUACGACGUUCUAGCCAAUGUGCUAUGUCAGAUUCGUGGCAGUAAGACGCUGUAUCUAUACCCACCUUCGGAUGUCAAGCACCUCGACUUCCCACCUGGAGGCUCUUCCUCCAACAUCGAUGUCUUGACGUCCAAGAAUGCCAAACUCAAGCAUACGCACCCACACAAGGCAUGCAUUAAACCUGGUGACAUUCUGUUCAUCCCACCUAUGUGGAGUCAUACAGCGACGCCAGAAGAAGGGGUCAGCGUCGCGGUGAACGUCUUCUGGCGCAACUUGGAUGUUGGAUAUGCAGCAGGCAAGGACGUGUAUGGCAAUAGGGAUCUGCAGGCUUACGAGAAUGGGAGGAGAGACGUAGAGAAGAUUACGAGGGCUUUUAGAGAGGUUCCAGGGGACAUGGCGAAGUUCUAUCUGGACAGGUUGGCGGGGGAGAUUCAGGACGCGGCUGAGAAGAACGGGAAGAAGGGUCUGAGAGGACAGGGCGAUGGAGAGCUGGCGAAGGCUUGA